AUGGAGCUGUGCGUCCCGCGACGGUGGCCGUCUCCGUGCUCCACCGGAUCGCUGCUGAUUGGGGUCUUUGUGCUCGUGUCACUGCUGUUUGGCGUGGCUGUGCGGAGGCUGUGCUGCCAAAGCCGCCCCGUCGGGCACGCGGCGGAUGAGGAGGCAGCGGCGGCGGUGGAGGACCGAAGCAAGAAUUUCAGCAAUAAGUUCAUCUUUAGAACCUUCGCGGUCGCGGCCCAGCAGCGUGUCCUGGAGCACGAUGAUCCCAAGUCCAUCCCCCCGACGAUGGUGCGCAGCCCGCGCGCUUCACCGGAGCCAGCAUGGGUGCAGCGCUUGAGUAGCCCGCAGGCUACGCCUAUAAGUCCAUCCCCGCUGUCUGUGCCAGGCGGCCAGGACCCACCACCGGCGGUGGAGCCCUGCUUGCCGCCAGACUUCUCACCGGUAUCGCAGACGCCACUCAAGGAGUUCAGCUACAAGAGCUUGGAGGAUGCGACCAGACAUUUUGACAGUGGGAACAAGCUGGGUCGAGGCGAGUCCGGUACGCUGUACACCGGGGACCUUGUCUUCGACGACGGCAUCAACCAAGAAGUGGCGAUAAAAAUGUUUCACAACAUCAUCGACUGCAAGCAAGUUCGUGAGGACCUUAGACAGAAGAAGUACUCCCUUCGGCACAGGAACCUCGUCGCCCUCUUCGGAUACUGUUUGCACGAGGGGCGGCUGUUCCUUGUCUACGACCGGAUGCACUGUUACAGCCUCGACUACAAGCUCUUUGAUAAGGAGGGCGCCGCCGCUAAGCCCGUGCUGACCUUGGCCCAGUGCUACAGCAUCAUCGAGGACGUGGCACGGGGCCUCUACCAAUUACACAAGUGCCAGGUCUUCCAUGGCGCCGUCAAAGCCUCCAACAUUAUGCUGGAGCCAUGUUCAAGCGGCUUCCGAGCCCGCCUCGGUGACUUCAGGUACUCCAAGUUGCUGAUCCAGCAUGCGAGUGACUUGAAGACGACGUUGGGGUCACUGAUGAUGCUGCGCCAAGACCCACAUGCUCCACAACAAACCCUCCCCAGCCUUGAAACGGACAUGCUCCAUUUCGGUGGAGUGAUUCUGGAGAUCGUGUGUGGUCGGCGCCUGUCUGACCGCGACCGUCUCCCGGCGGGAUACAGCUCGCUAGUCGAGUGGGUCAGGGCGCUGGUCCACGGAGGACGAAGACUCCACGUGGCGGUCAAUGAGGGUUUGAAGAAGGCCGGUGACUUCAACUAUGUGCUAGCCGAUGGGCUCCUGCGUCUCGGCCUUCAUUGCAGUCACUCGGAUCCCAACCAGCGGUCAACCAUUGGGAACGUCCUUGUGAAGUUGGCUGAGUUGCCAACGGAAGACACGGUUGAACCGAUAAUAGUGCGCCAGAUAAGGAGGAAUGUGUCAGGCACCAAAAGGCUUUUCUCAGCCAGCAUGUAG